AGUAGUCAAUUAAAUUAAACCCUUUUUCUGUUGUAUAUAUGUUUAAUAAAAAAUUAUAUAUAGUUGUGCGUGCGUAGCAGCAUCAGAGUAAAAGGAACAGAGAAGUAGAAGAAGGGUUUGUGAGUGAAACGAAAAUCUGAGAAUUGAGAGAGAAAUGGGAAGCGGUGAAAUGGGAGUUGCAGAAAGCGGUGGCGCCUCACUACCAUCCGUCGGCACCGACGCAAUGAAACGAAGAGUAACAUACUUCUACGAACCAACCAUCGGUGAUUAUUACUACGGUCAAGGUCACCCAAUGAAACCCCACAGAAUCCGCAUGGCUCACAAUCUCAUCAUUCACUACGCACUUCACCGUCGUAUGCAAAUCAACCGUCCUUUCCUCGCCGCACCUGAAGACAUCCGCCGUUUUCACUCCGACGACUACGUCGACUUCCUUUCUUCCGUUUCUCCUGAGAUCCUUUCGGAGAAUUCUCAUUCUCACUACCGUCAGUUGAAGCGGUUCAAUGUUGGUGAAGAUUGUCCCGUUUUUGACGGGCUUUUCCCUUUCUGUCAAGCAUCUGCUGGUGGAUCUAUUGGUGCUGCGGUCAGGCUUAACCGUGGUGAUGCUGAUAUUGCUAUCAAUUGGGCUGGUGGUUUGCAUCAUGCUAAGAAAGCUGAAGCUUCUGGAUUUUGCUAUGUUAAUGAUAUUGUUCUUGGUAUUCUUGAGCUUCUCAAAGUUCAUAGGCGUGUGCUGUAUGUUGAUAUCGAUGUCCACCAUGGAGAUGGCGUUGAGGAGGCAUUUUACACUACUGAUAGAGUGAUGACGGUUUCUUUUCACAAGUUUGGCGAUUUUUUCCCAGGAACUGGGCAUAUUAAAGACACUGGGGUUGGCCCUGGAAAGGAUUAUGCUCUAAAUGUUCCUUUGAAUGAUGGAAUGGAUGAUGAAAAUUUCCGUGCUCUGUUCCGUCCCAUCAUGCAAAAAGUCAUGGAUGUUUAUAAACCUGAUGCAGUUGUUCUUCAAUGUGGAGCUGAUUCAUUGUCUGGUGACAGGUUGGGUUGCUUUAACUUGUCUGUGAAGGGUCAUGCAGAUUGCCUUCGUUUCCUGAGAUCUUUCAAUGUUCCUCUAAUGGUCUUGGGCGGGGGAGGAUACACAGUACGGAAUGUUGCCCGUUGUUGGUGUUAUGAGACAGCAGUGGCAGUAGGAGUGGAGCCUUGCAAUAAGUUGCCAUACAAUGAGUAUUAUGAAUAUUUUGGCCCAGACUACACACUUCAUGUUGAACCAAACAACAUGGAGAACCUAAACACAGCCAAGGAUAUGGAAAAAAUUAGGAACACUUUACUUGAACAAAUUUCCAGACUUCCUCAUGCACCCAGUGCUCCUUUUCAGACAACACCAUCAACUACAGAAGUUCCAGAAGAGGAAGAAGAGGACAUGGAUAGAAGGCCAAAACGUCGUAUAUGGAGUGGUGAACAUUAUGAUUCUGAUCCCGAUGAAGAUGAAGAUGAGAAGGCCGGCACAAAGAACUCAAAUUUAACUGCCCAUAUAAGGCGCACAACUGAUGAGAUGGAAGAAGAUAAGCCAGAUAUUAUGCAUGAUGUGCAUCCUUCGUGCUAAUAGUGAUACAACUGAACAAGUUCUAGAUUGUCAUGUUUUUUUAGUGAGAAGCUCAUAAUGUUUGAGCUCUGAUACAGAUUUUCUUCCUUUGUGACAAGUGUGUUUUGAAGUUUAUAUAUCUUUUGUUGUAGAUGUAUAAAUUAGGAAGUAUAUUACCUGGGGAUGGUGCCAUUGUGCUGGCAGGUUUCUAGAAGUACAUUGCACCAAAAAUAUAUUUGGUGCUUUGAGUGAACGAGUGACCACCAAUAUAUAGAUAUAGGGGUGCAAAAUCUUGGAGUUACUUUUUUGGUUUAUAUUUUGUUAUGCUGUUUGUAGCGCGCAGAAUAGAAGAAAGAGUUCUAAAAAAUGAUUAGAACUCACUGGGGUUUGAUCUUUACAAAUAUUAUUCUUUGACUAUUUCUUUGAUCCCCUUCA